CCGAGCAGGCCCUAGGGUUCCUUCCACAAGAGAGCAAAGGGGAUCGGGUGUCAGUUAUGCGCCGCCGCCCGCCGUGCGCCCAUCUCCACUCUCUCGCCGUCGCCGUCGCCGUCGGAUGCCUCGAAUGAGGAUCCACCGGUGCUUGAGCAGAGGCGCCCAAAUAAGGACCGGCAAUCGAAGCAAUCAAGCGGCUCCACUCCGAGCCGCAGUCCGCAAUCGAAGCGGCUCCCUUUUUUAGCGGCAAUCCGGAAUCAAAGCAGUCCUUCCCGGGCUACAAUCACAAUCAGCAGUUAUAUAUAUCUGGCCUGCCGGCACCGCGCCGCCCUCCAAUAUUCGGACAAGACGCAGCAGCAACUCCUUAGACAUCAGUUUUUAGACUGACCGGCGGCAACUUGGGCGAUGGCGAGGACUAGUAGCCGGCGACGGGCUGCCAAAUUGAUGGCCAAACCGUCCGGUUCGACCAUGGUGAAAGGCAACCCAGAUGAUAGGAUCAGCAGCUUGCCCAAUGACAUCCUGGUCAACAUUCUCAACCGGCUCGAUGUUCGCGCCGCUACGAGAACCAGUGUCCUCUCGAGACGGUGGAGUCAGCUUCCUGCCAUGGUCCCACAGCUUACAAUCAGUGCUCGGGACCUCCUGCCGUCAGAAACUAAAACCAGCAUUUCCAAAGCUGAAAUUGUUCGGAGGACCACUGCAGCUGUGGCCAAAGAUCCGGCCAAUGCAGCAGUGUCCGAUGCUGAAUUGGUUCGGAGGACCAGUGCAGCUGUUGCCAAAGCCUUGGCUGAUGCAGCAGCUGUAGCCAAAGCCUUGGCCAAUGCAGCAGCUGUAGCCAAAGCUGUGGCCAAUACAGCUGUAGCCAAAAUGAUAAAGAGCAUACUGGCACGCAGGGAUCCGGGUGGAUGGCCCAUUCGCCUCAGCAUGACGUUUUACUUGAGAGACGGUGUCCCCAUAUCUGUUGGGCAUACUGUGGGCAAUGCCAUGGCGACACUCAAGGUUGAGAAAGCCGAAUUCACAGUUUUGACAGAGAAGAAGGGACGCAAGUGCAGUAUUGAUGAUGUGGUGAACUAUGGGACACGGUUUGUGUCAUUUUUUAAUGAAUGCCACAAUGCAUUUGCUGGUCUCACGCGCCUCUACCUGGAGAAUUUGAGAUUCCGUGAAUCCAACUUUGUCUCUAACAUCCUUGUCACUUGCAAGCAAUUAAAUUAUUUAGGUUUUUUCAAUUGUGACACAGAGGAUUGGAUAACACUCCAAGUUGAACACGCACAGCUCAUUGAGCUCAGUAUUGUUAAUUGCCGUUUUGACAUGGUCAAACUCACCUGGGUUCCGAAACUCACCUGCCUGGUGUUUUUGUUUUGGUUAACUUCCAGAGAACCUCCACUGGCACUGGGCUAUGUCCCAUUGCUCGAGGUUCUGAGACUUUCAAAUGCUGCUCGUAGUUUGGACAAAAUGCUCAAGUUAAGUACUUUUCUUCAUGAGACCUCUGUUCGAGACCUGACGUUGGGGUUUCAAUGCGAAAAGAUUUGGGUUCAACCAGAGUGUUUGACCAGAAGGCAGGCAUAUGUGUUCCAGCAACUAAGGAUUCUCAAUCUAGUUAAAAUUCCUGAAGGGUAUGAUCUCACCUGGACAAUGUUCUUCUUGGAAGCGGCGCCGUCCCUGGAGGAGCUCUACAUGACGGUAUGGGACCAUCCAUGUGAAAUGGAAAUGAAUCAGGAGAUUAGGAGGGAGCAGUUGUAUAGUGAGAACAAGGGCGUUGAAUGGGAAUCGCCUACAUCAAAUUUCAAGCACCACUGUCUGGCCAAGUUCAUCCUCGUCGGCUUUCAAGCUAAAGACUACAUGGUGAGUCAUGUCAGGCGUGUCCUGAAAGCAGCGGUGAAUCUACAGGAUGUCUACCUGUAUGAUAGACUGGUAUGUGCCAAGUGCCAAGAGAAAGUAAAGAAUGCGCGCAGGUAUGAUGCACUGGUACGUUGCAUAUGCCCAGGCGUAAAUCUGCCUAUAAAGUUCCCAUGUACAAACGAGGACCAGCGUGCAGUGCAGAAGCGAAUGCCCCGGGGCAUUGGGUCACUUGCCAAAAUCCACUUCCUGUCAUCUAAUAAAAUAAAGGCUGAACAUUGGCCAAGGAUAGCUGUAGAUUCUUUGGGUGCCAUUGAAGAUUAGCUGGAGGUUAUCCUUGUAUAGCUAAAUUUAGUUGAAUGUUGUUUUGUAGCAUUAUUGUCCGUGAAUUCAAGAAUUUUCAUGAUCCACUUAAAUUUCAUACAAAGUGCGUUGAGUUGUA